UCUUCCACCAUUCAAAGCCCCCUUUUCCCGUUCAAGCUAGUCUGACACCGCCGGAAGCUAUGGGCGGCGGGUUUCUCUUUGGACCAACAAUUUCUCCCCAGUCACCUCCAAAUCCAAACAGGUCAACAAAAUUGCAUUAAAACUCUCGUUCUUUCAUUUUUUCCCCACCCAUCACCCACCUUCUACGACCCAAACAAGCCAACAAAAUCGCAUUACGUACAGACUCUUUUUCUUUCAUUUUUCCCACCCAUCACCCACCUUCUACGACCCAAACAAGCCAACAAAAUCGCAUUACGUACAGACUCUUUUUCUUUCAUUUUUCCCACCCAGUUGCUUUUGGUCAAUCGACCCUAACACACAUGAUGGUCCGCUUACCGGUGGUGGAAGAACUGUUGGUGGGGUUCAGUGGCCGUCGGCGGCGCUCGGAGGAGCAGUGGCUCGGUGGGUUGGGAAGUGGCGUAGUUUUCUCUUGAACUGGGAAGGUGUUUCGUAGAUGGAAAAUGAAGAGAAUUGGUACAAUCUUGUGUUUUCGUCUUCCUUUCAUUUGGUGCAAUAGUCUGACGUGUCCAUUCUCUAUUGGUUGGCACAAAAGAUCUAGUUUUAUCCCCCAUCCUUGUUGAAAGUUAUUCUCAUCGAGCCCUAAUCCACACGUAAUUGCUCUUUUAAAUCGCUGCGAUCUCACGCUCAUUUGAUCUCUAAGGUUAGAGAAAUGGCGGUUCCCGUGGUGCGGUUCCCGAUCUUCCUCAUAAUAAGAGUGAUUGGCUUGAUGGUCGCCACUCUGGUGCUGACCUGGACCCUCCAUUACAGAGGAGGCUUGGCUCUUGUCUCCGACAACAAAGAUCUCAUCUUCAACGUCCAUCCUGUUCUAAUGGUGAUCGGGCUACUUCUAUUAAAUGGCGAAGCCAUGCUUGCUUACAAGACGGUCCCAGGAACAAAAAACUCCAGAAAAUUAGUUCAUCUCACAUUACAAUUCCUUGCUUGCUGUUUAAGCAUCAUUGGUGUGUGGGCUGCUAUAAAGUUCCACAAUGAUAAGGGGAUUGACAAUUUUUACAGCCUGCAUUCAUGGUUGGGCCUGGCCUGCCUUCUCCUCUUUUGCAUUCAGUGGGCUACUGGAUUUGCAACCUAUUGGUAUCCAGGUGGCUCAAGAAAUAGCAGAGUAACCCUGCUACCGUGGCAUGUGUUCUUCGGGGUUUAUAUAUAUGCUCUUGCCAUUGCUACUGCUACUACUGGUAUUUUAGAAAAGGCCACAUUUCUUCAAACCAGUCAGGUAAUAUCACGCUAUUCGACGGAGGCUUUGCUGGUCAACUCUUUGGGUAUUUUGAUCGUUGUCCUGGGUGGUUUUGUUACUCUUGCAACUGUUACUCCUGCCAAUGGCAUAGUUGAUGCCCACAAAGGACCAACAGAAUAGCACAAUUUGUAUAUUGUUAUGAUUCACAGGUGACCGAGAGUUGUACUUUUAUUCCAUAUUUAAUUUCAGGGCAAGUUCUUGUCACCAAAUGGAUGUAUUGAUCAAGAUUUUAACAAAAUAUCAUUUAUGUUCUGUUUGUUCC